AUGUCGAAUAAGCAAAUAUUAGCGUUACUUGCCAAAACAUUGGGAAUUGAACUCAACCGCAAAACGUUGAACUUGGAGGUGGGCGAACACCUGACGCCGCAAUUUUUAAAAUUUAAUCCACAACACACCAUACCCACUUUGGUCGACAACGGUUUCUCGGUAUAGGAAUCGCGUGCUAUACUCAUUUACUUGGCCGAGAAGUACGGCAAAGAUGAUUCGCUAUACCCAAAGUGCCCACAGAAGAGAGCUCUUGUCAAUCAGCGUAUGUUCUUCGAUUUAAACUUAUAUUCGUCCUUUGCUGAGUACUACUAUCCCAUCGCUAGAGAUAAGCAGCCACCGGUGCGAGAGAAUUUGACCAAACUCGAGGGACAACUGGCUAGAGCACUGCAUGAAAACCUUGACCGGAGUAGAUGAAAACAAAGAGGGUUGAAAGCUGUUUUUGUAAUAUUUUUGAUUAUUGAAUUGGAUAUGGCAGUUUUUAAGUAUAUACAAGGGAGAAAGUACCCUGCCAAUAUAACUCGACUGUUGUAAAAUGUGUCUGGGAUGAGUCGCAAAGAAGCAAAA